AUGUCAUCCAAAGAGACCGAGGAGCAACAGGCGUCCGCUGGCGCCGAGGGGCAGGCCUCCGGCAGCGCUUCAGUCGGCGGAGGAGCGGGCGCAGAAAGCUCGAGCAAAAAGACAAGUGAGAAGAAAACUCCAAAGAAGCUCGGCAACAAGAAGAAGCCGCAGCAAGAGCCGCAGCAAGAGCCGCAGCAAGAGCCGACGCCCGCCCCCUCUGAGCAAGGCGGAGAAGCGCAAGCCGAGGGCGCUGGCGAAGCUGAAGCUGAAGCUGCUGGCGACGCCGAUGCCGAUGGUCAAGCAGCAGAAGCUGACGCUGGGGCAGAGCAGAACGACGAGCCGGAACCGGAGCAGGAGAAGAAGCCGGAGCCCUCGCGCUCGAGGAGGCGGCAGUCUCGCGGCCGUGGCCGAAAGGGCGCUCCGGAAACCAGCGACACCGAGUCGGUCGCGCGCUCAGACGUGUCUGCUUCAGGAGGCCGCCGCCAACGCCAGCGUCAGAAGAAGGGCGGCAAGCAGCAGGGCGGUGGUGGUGGACAGCUUGAUGGCAUCACCGAGGACCUGCCCGGCGGCGACAUGGUCAACGGGGCCGGCGAUAUGGUCCAGAACACUGCCGGCAAAGCCGUUGGCCAAGUUGGCGACACGGCCGGCAAGGCCCUGGGCGGUCUGACUGGCGGCGGGGGCGGUGAGGAGGAAGGGGAUAGCAAGGGCGAGCAGCUCCGGCUUAGGUUGGAGCUCAACUUGGAUAUUGAGAUCCAGCUCAAGGCAAAGAUUCACGGUGACCUUACACUAGGCCUGCUGUAA